AUGUCUUCCUACAGACAGGUCUGCAGCUACAGCAGCUCCUCACCCUGCGAGGUGACCUGCCCGCAGCCGUACGCCAACGCCUGGAACGAGCCCUGCGUCACCUCCUGCGGGGACUCCCGUGCCGUGAUCUACCCACCAGCCGUGGCCAUCACCUUCCCGGGCCCCAUCCUCAGCUCCUGCCCUCAGGAGAGCUUUGUGGGAUCCUCAGCUCCCCUGGAGAUAGGCAGCUCCUUCAGCUACGGGAGCUCCUUGGAUGCCCAGAGCUCCUUUGGGGCCGGUGCUUACGUGGGUGGCAGGUUCUCCUACCCCCGCUAUUCCCGUGGCUGUGGGAUAUACCGCCCUGUGAAGCCCUGGAAGGUUUCCCUGGAUGGCAAAACCCAGCAGAAAUAA